AUGGAGGGCACGCCUUCGGGGGAGGAUGUAGAGGGAAGGCUGUUGGCUCCUCUUUCCACUCUACUGGCCUCGGAACUUUGUCUAAGACAAACGGAUCGCGCUUUCCACGACAUUCGUCGUCUGGCGAACAUUCUGAGCCGUGUCAAUCAUGACUCUCGCCGGGAGGACUUGCUCGACUACAUCCGAUCCAACCGGGCGCGGUUCCUCAAGGCAUAUGCCAUCAUCAGCUGGCUAUCUGGAAAUCAUGGGGAAUUAGUUGCGAAUGCGAGCAAUGCACUCGCUGAAGCUCGAUCUCAACGCGAGCAGAUUGAUGCGUGCCAAGACCAAUUCUUCUUCAUGCACGGGGGGCUGUUCGGCGCCCGUCAGCGACUCUACGACGUACCUGUUGCAGUGGAUGUCCUCAUCGGGGGACGGUAUCCCCACCUGCCGAAAGGGAUAGAGUAUUGCGGAGGCGAUAUCGACCCGCGCCCUAUCUUCGAGCUGCCAGCGAAUCGCGAGGAGAUUGUGCUAAGAGUGGACCGUGCCAUACGUUUGGCUCUUUUGAGAAGGGGCGGCGUCCCCAAUCAGUUCACAAGCCACACCGUGAAAAACGGCGUGCUCACGCUCACGGUCAACGGAGAGUUUGAGCUCAUGGUCACUCUCCAAGCUGAACGGGAAGAUGCUAGGUGGGCAUUGCUAGGGGUCACGUUGCUGGUGCAGGCGAGGGAAGGAGAGUCGAUCACCGCACCUGUGCGAGAUUUUCGUCAGCAAAGGUAUCUUCACGAGGUGAUCCAAAAAGCGAUGGAUGUGCACGCGGACGGUGACGCAAACCCGAGACCGAACGCUCUGCUUGCGGCGUAUCAAGUGUGCCACGACCUGUGUUGCAGCAUGGUGCUGGAAAUUUUACACGCGCAGGCUCAGAAACUGGCGACGAGGGUAGGAGGCUUGUGGGCCGCGCAGCUUGCAGUGAUGUUCCACAAGGACUCUCAGAUAGUGGCCGCUCUUGGACCGCCGGGGGAGUUCCUUGAAGGGAGAGGGCUGGGCAGCGACGUGGGGGAUCACUCUGUGACUACGGACGAGGAGACGUCCGCGGUAGAUUCGCUGCUGACCAGUUCGGUCCAGAUAUAUCCGGACAAGCUGAGUUGCGCGCGAAUGCUGUUGGCUGCCGCCCGAAUAUUUGCCUCACAAAAGGUCAACACGCUGGCAGCAGAUGUGGAGUCAUAUGCGGCGCAACUCGGAGCUUGCGUUCCGCGGGUGACCACUGUGGGCGGGCUCAGCGCCUACAUUUGUCCUUGGGGGGGUGGGGGCGUGGAAGUGUCCGUGGACGUCAAGAGUGGCAGAUAUCUGGUGAAAGACACCCUCCCCGGUGGCGGUAAAGCUAUGGCGAGUUGCAUUUCUCGUUUGCGGGAAGCCUUGAACCUCUUGCCUCUAACGGACUCGCAAAGUCUUGGAGAGAGCAUUGCUUCAACGCUAUCGGCAGGCAGGAGUGUCCUACAGAAACGAUCGAUACCAACCCAGAGAGCGCGAAACGGGGAGCAAGACCUGCGGCAGCAACACGUGCGUCGUUGCAUGGGGGAAUCGUUUGGACUCCUGCGCAGGGGUGAGUUGGAGCACACCUUUCGGUGUGCUUUUGGAGUGGUCCCUCACCUACGCUGGCAAGCUUUGCUUGGCCGCACAGAUGCGAACGCCAUAGAUGCUGGUACAGAGUUCCCUCGGUUGGACGGCAGCGACACCUUGCGAAGCUCCGUGCGCCUGGGCCAAUUCCGAGAGAAUGGCGUUCUUUUGUCGGAAGCAUGGCGCAAAAGGACUCGCAACUUUCGCAUUUUGCGAAGAGGGACAAGCGCGAUUGAACUGACGAGGGCGGAAAGGGCCGCAACCAUCGGUCAAGUCCCAACUGCAGCGUCGGCAGGUGCUGGGUUUCGCCUCAAUUCGGCACCACCCCUCGACGGUGAUCUCAGUUGUUCCAGUGGCUGGCAGCAGGGUGGUGGGACGCUACCAGCGGCACUUGCAGCGUCACUGGCGGAAGUAUCCGACGGCGGAGAUGAUAUGGCGAGCAGGUCAACGCGUUGGAGAACCGAUCGUGGCGUGGGAUCCGGUGCAAACGGCGUGAAAGCGUCGUCAGAAGGGAAUGUGCUAGAGGAGACGGGCGAGGUGCUUUCCUUCUUUUUGGAAGUGGACAUCACUGGUAACUUGGAUGUGGAACACACGGUAGUUUCGGCCACCCUUCCUACGGCGGGGCGGGCUCGAAAGUCCCUUCGGCCGGUGGUGGGAGAGACUUACAAGCUCUUCCCUUGUCAGCCGCUUAGCGGUUCGCGGUGCGGGUCCCUUGACGCGGAUCUACUUCCAUCCAAACCGCCCCCGGCGGUGGGCACCAAGCGUUCAGCCUCGUGUCUGGAUGCAGGCUACUCGCAGGGGGCCAUUGGUAUCACGACAGGGGUGCACGACGGGCUUUGCCCCACCACGUUGCAUGCGGCAGUCGGUACGGUCGGAGAAGCAUCUCAGACUCAGUUGUGUACGGCGGUGCAGAUGUGCAACCGAUUUGUCCCGUUCGCGCGGUUGCAGCAUGCUUUGCUGAGGGUCGGCACCGGUCUGUCAUUGGAUUUUCGCGAGCUGACGCACUUUUCCGGGGCUACGCAGCAAGUCCCACACUGCGCUGUGUUUUUGGCGGGUGAGCAUGGCUGGUCGAGUCCAGAGGUAGCAGCGUCCUCUGCGAGGGUGUCGUUUUUUCCUGGACACACUCAAGCAGAUACCUGGGAGUGGGAUGUUACACUGGGCCCUACAACAUCGCUAAUGGAUUUCAUCUGGGCUGUCCCGGCGAAGGACGAAGACAAAGGACUGGCCGUAACGAGGGGGAUCGUCCACGAGCAACUGCCACUGGCACAGCAUAUCGAGAUUCUCGGCGUUCGUCAAGAGGGUAUUGAAAGCAGUAGUACUACGAGGAUGGCACAAGGGAAGCACGUCAGGUUCCGGUUUCCUCCUCCUUUCUCUGUCCAUGCCAUGUGCCGCUCGUUUGCUCUGGCUGGAGAGGGAUUGACGGUCAUGCAGACUUUGGCUGCCCAGGCGAGCAAGUUGCGACAGACCGGAUGCGAGGCUGCAGGCUACAGCGUGGUGUCUUGCAGCCCAAUACACGUUGCCAUGCGAGAUUCUAAGCUUGACCACGUGGUGCUUCUGACGCACAGCGCGUUCUCCUCGAGGCAUAUCUCUUCGGCAGACCGGCCAGGGUUGGUUUUGAUCCCUUGGCCUCAUGCUCCAACUUGUCCGGCAGCUAUGCGGGAGCUGGAGGCAUCGGUCAGGAAGCACCGCGAUCUCAACGCCUUGCUACAUGGUCUUUCACGGACUGUGCCAGUCCUGGCCGAGGUGUCGCGUGUGUUGCCGGGUGUAGGGAGUGCAGCUGGCAUGAACGGUGACCGUUCUCCCUCCAGGGGGGAGUUCGUGCUCACAGCUGUCACCCCGGCGAGGUUCGUGUUGUCAAAAUCUCCUCUGGGCGAACGACGAUUGCAGUCAAAGCCUGCGCUUACUCUUGCGGUAGAGGCAGGCGGGCAAGUUCGAGUUUCUACACCGGGCAGGAAGGACGUUGUGGCCGAUACUGGUGCAUUGCGGCGUUUGUUGCUUGAGUGGAUCGCAUCAACUUCCGAGUAGUGCUUCAGUUUUUACCCUUCAGGAGGUGCGUGUGAUUUGUGUUGCUUGUGGCUGUGGUCUAGCCAAGAUGCUGGGUAUCCGUGUAUGUGUGUCCUUGGCCGUCCUGCAUCUCUUGGUUCUUGCCAUGGCCACUGUUGCCCUGUGCCAGUCCAAUACCUCUCUGUCGUUCUCUCUGGUUUAGCCGGGGCAAAAGACAGAGUGGGUUCCCUCUCUCUAAGAAACCCUGCCUCUU